AUGAAUGUCAGCGAGAUCGAUGAUGCUGGCAUCACUGGCGAUGAUAAUGAGUUGAGUGACGAUCUGGUUCAGAAAGCCUUUGACUCUGGUGUUGGUUUACGACAGUAUGCGAAAGAUUUGGAUGAACAGUUGCAGUCAGCUCAUUCGCUUGCAGUAAAACACUGUAUCGACCAAGCAGAAAAACUUGCGGAAUUACAUGAAGAAAUUACUGCUUGUGACGAUGCAUUUGCGGAAUUGGAAGAUAUACUUAAAAGUUUCCAAUCGGAAUUGGGGACUAUUAGCUCAGAUAUGAAAAGACUGCAACAGCAAUCAGUUGAUAUCAGUCUACAAUUACAAAAUCGACAGAAAGUUCGUGGAGAAUUGAGUCAAUUUGUUGAUGACAUGAUAGUACCUCAAAAUAUGAUUCAAGCGAUUCUUGAGAAAAAUGUAGACGAGCGGGGUUUUCUAGAGCAACUUCAUGAAUUGCAGCACAAGCUUCAGUUUUUAAAAGCGCAAGAAUUUCGUGAUGCAAAAGCUACUGCAGAUGUACAUGACAUUGUUGAGAAUUUAAAAUUCAAGGCAAUGUCAAAAAUUAGAGAGUGGUUGCUGCUGAAAAUUUCAUCUUUCAAAAAACCACUCACCAAUUAUCAAAUUCCUCAGGGAGCUCUAUUAAAAAAUAGAUUUUUUUACGAAUUUUUACUGGCAAAUGACAGGCAUGUGGCUCGAGAGAUACGAGACGAGUACAUUGAUGUCAUCAGCAAAAUGUUUUUCACUUAUUUCAAAACAUAUACUUCUCGGUUAUUCCGUCUGCAACUGUCUGAUGCAGCCACCAAAGACGAUCUUUUAGGUGCAGAAGAUACGAUGAAGUCUUCUGGCUUUUUUAGCUCAAAACCUCAAAUGCGGAAUCGGGCAACUGUCUUUUCGCUGGGCAAUCGAGAUAGCUUGUUGUGUUCAGAUUUAAUGGCUCCUCUUAUAGUACCACAUUCGGCGCAACAAGCAAAUGAACGAUUUCAAUUCGAAAGUUUGUUUCGAAGUGUGCAGUUUGCGUUCGUUGAUCAUUCCUCACACGAAUUUUUAUUUGUAUCAGACUUUUUUAUGAUAACUGGACAAACUGCUUUAGAAGUGUUCAGCGAGAUUAUGAUGCGAACUAUAACAACUUUGUUGAAAUCAUGUGAAGAGCAUAUAUCUGUUAAUUUUGAUGCCAUAUCACUUUACAUAUGCAUUUGUUUAUGUUCAAAAUACAAAGAGUUAAUGGCCGAGCGCGGAGUUCCUACUUUGGAAAAUUAUUGGGAGACCCUGAGUUGUACACUUUGGUUUCGUUUUGACAUAGUGAUGAACUUACAUAAUACGAGUUUACAUGACCUUGAUGUGCGUAAAAUGCAACUGCUGCCAGACACUCGUCCUCAUUAUAUUAUAAGACGUUAUGCAGAGUUCACUUCUGCUUUAUUGGUUUGCAGUCAUUCGUCUGCGCGACAGAUCGAUCCAAAAUUGCAGCAUUACUUAACUAAGCAACAAUCCGAAGUCGAGAAUUUCUUAAUGCGUCUGACAGAACAACUAUCAACACCUUUACAACGUCUCAUUUGUCUCAUCAACAACUAUGAUCUGAUACUUAAUAUUUAUGAAGAGCGAAUAGCAUUUGAUUCGAAAGAAAAAUCUUCAUUUUGGGAACUAAAGCAAAAUCGUAUUAACGAAUACGUUGAUUUGAUGCUUCGGCCUCAUUUUGGUAGUCUUAUAGCAUUUGUGAAGGAAUGUGAACCUCUGAUUGAACAGGGACACAAGCAGCUUCUUAUUCGUUAUUCUGGUAAUGUAACAACACUUGUACGUAAUUUCUGUGCAAACUGGAAGAAAUCAAUUGAUGUGAUUAAUAGUGAAAUAGUCCAGUCAUUUACAAAUUUUAGAAAUGGCACCAAUAUUUUGCAGGUUGCUUUCACACAAAUUGUUCAGUAUUAUCAUCGGUUUAGCAAAGUACUGUCUCAUGAAAUUUUUGCAGAAAAUGCUGUACUGAAGGAACUAGUAAAUAUUCAUCACAUUAUGGUAGAAAUAAAGAAGUACAAGCCGGUUUAUUAA